CUCCCACGCGUAAACUAUUAGAAACGGACAAGUCUAGUGACAAGACUAUGUGGAGCGGUUGAGCUUGAAGAUGUUUAUCACACUUCAGAAAUGUCUCGAAUGAGUCGCGUGGGAUCAAAAGCAGCAGUCUUAAGAAUCCACGGAAUGUUAUCUGGAGACCUCUGUUGAUUACGAACUUGCCUACACUUGCUGAAUAAGACUCUGCGAAUACGAUGUUAGAAAGAUUAACAUGUCUGAAGAGCAACUAAACUGCACUAUAAGCCACACGAUUCACCAGUACCUGUUUUCGUGUGUGUUCAUCCUUAUCCUGCUAGUGGGUGUUCCCGCCAACGCUUACUCGCUCUACCAUGCAUGGCUCCAACUGAAAGUCGGCAAUGAGCUGGGGGUCUACUUGCUAAACCUGACCAUAUCUGAUCUGCUGUACCUGGCCUCCCUGCCCCUUUGGAUCCAGUAUUUCUUCCAAGGGGACGACUGGAGCAGCCCUGAGUGGCUCUGUCAACUGUGUGGUUUCCUGCUCUAUGAGAACAUCUAUAUCAGCAUUGGUUUUCUGUGUUGUAUCUCCAUUGACCGCUACCUGGCGGUGGUCUACCCUUUCCGCUUCACGUCUUUCCGAACGGUACGAGCAGCAGUGCUGGUCAGUGCAGUGGUCUGGCUUAAAGAGCUUGCCGUAGGAGUUGUUUUCUUCCGGCACCAGGAGUUCAGCAGGGGCCAGAACAACCAAUCUGUGUGCUUUGAGCACUAUCCUGUGGAGACAUGGGAGUACCCGAUAAACUACUACCGCUUUCACAUAGGUUUCCUGUUCCCUUUAGCAAUCCUCUUCGUGUCAUACUUUAGAGUUCUCCGAGCAGUGGGCAAGAGUGCAGGCACGCUGACAGCCCAGAAAAAUCGUAUCAAUUACCUUGUGACCAGCACCAUCGUCAUCUUCCUGGUUUGUUUCUCACCAUACCACAUCUUCCUGCUUGUACGCACCAUAUUUGAGCGGGACUGCAACUUCAUUGAGAAAAUUUUCAACUACUACAAUUUCUCUCUGUUGCUUACUAGUUUUAACUGCGUGGCUGAUCCGGCACUCUACUGUUUUAUUAGUGAGAGCGCCCAAAAGGGCAUCCAGAGGGCUCAGGAAACUUGCACUCGGGUCUUAUGCUGUUGCUCGAAAAGCCAUGAAAGGCUCAACACGCACUGUACUGAGCUUGCAGUAACAAAUGAUAAAGUUACAGGUACCUCAGUGGCAACACUCUUGCAGCAGGUCAAAACUGACGUUUAAACAGUUUCAUUGUAUUAGUUAUCCAUACAAUAGACAUCAUAGCAUUUAGCCACAGGCUCCUCAGAUGUACAGCUGCUGCAUACUGUUUUUCAUUUUGCAUGGGUUAGAACAUUAACCUACUUUGUCAGAGUCAGUCCUGUAUUUUGUUCUAAAAUUAAACUGAUAUAUUUGAUGGUUUUGGUAAGCUAACACGCUACUGUUAUGUGGUGUAAUUCUCAGGGAUUGCCACCUUGAUAAUGACCAGUG